AUAACAGAACUAAUAAAGAAUACCCAACAGUAGUCUAGUACAACACAUUUGACUAUGUGGUUGUGUCAUGUCUUUGUUAUGGGCCCAUGCACUAAAGGAAUUCGAGCAAUUUCAAUGGAUAUGGGUCCAUAAACCAUUUACAGCCAACCAUUUGCUGCUAUCUCUCAAUCUUCAUAGCUCUUAAUCUCUUUCAAAAUUCAGCUAUUAGAUACAACUUUCUUACUAGUUGUUUUGCUUUAACAAAAUCAAAACAAGAUGGCUGCAACUAUGAUAGGAGGUGCUUUUCUCUCUGCAACUGUUGAAAUCUUACUUGAGAAACUUGCCUCAACAGAGUUUCUUGAUUACAUCACAAACACCAAGCUCAAUGUCUCCCUCUUGAGAAAGUUACAAACAACCCUGCUCACUCUUGCGGCCGUGCUGGAUGAUGCAGAAGAGAGGCAGAUCAACAAUCUUGCUGUCAAAAAAUGGCUAGAUGACUUGAAAGAUGUUGUCUUAGAUGCUGAGGAUUUGGUCAAUCAAAUAAGUUAUGAUUCCCUUCGGUGCAAGAUGGAGAAUAGACAAGCUGGAAACAGAACUAAUCAGGUGUGGAAUUUAUUUUCAUCUCCUUUCAAAAACUUGUAUAGAGAUAUCAAUUCCCAAUUGAAGAUCAUGUGUCAAACCCUUGAACCUUUUGCACAACAUAAAGAUACCCUUGGAUUGCAAACAAAAAGCGCAAGAGUUUCUCGAAGACCACCUUCAAGUUCAGGGGUUAAUGAAUCUGUCAUGGUCGGUAGGAACGAUGAAAAAGAUACAAUCAUCAAUAUGCUUGUAUCAGACUGUGGCAUCAGCAAAAAUAAUAACUUAGGUGUUGUUGCAAUUUUGGGUAUGGGAGGUCUCGGAAAAACGGCCCUCGCCCAACUGGUUUACAACAACGAAAAAGUUGAACAACAUUUUGAUUUCAAAGUCUGGGUUUGUGUAUCCGAGGACUUUGAUGUUUUGAGAGUAACCAAGUCUCUCCUUGAAUCUGUUGUUAGAAAUACAACAUCCGCAGCUUCAAAGGUAUGGGAAAGUGAUAACCUUGAUAUUCUUCGAGUUGAAUUAAAUAAAAACACGAGGAAGAAAAGAUUUUUGAUUGUGUUGGAUGAUCUGUGGAAUGACAAUUACAAUGACUGGGAUGAGCUAGUAAGUCCCCUCAUUGAGGGAAAACCUGGAAGUUCAGUGAUUAUAACAACGCGCCAACAAAAAGUUGCAGAUAUGGCGAAGACAUUUCCUGUUUAUAAAUUAGACCCUCUGUCACAUGAAGACUGUUGGUCUAUCCUCUCAAAACAUGCAUUGGGAAGUCAUGAAUAUCACGCCAAUAAAAACACAGCGCUUGAAGAGAUUGGUAGGAAGAUUGCAAGAAAGUGUGGCGGAUUGCCAUUAGCUGCUAAAACAAUGGGAGGACUUCUACGUUCAAGGGUAGACCCAAUGACAUGGACUGAUAUUUUGAACAGCAAUGUAUGGAACUUAGCAAAUGAUAAUAUUAUACCUGCUUUGCAUUUGAGUUACCAAUAUCUUCCCUCUCAUUUGAAAAGAUGUUUUGCGUAUUGUUCAAUUUUUCCAAAAGAUUAUCCACUCGAUAGGAAGAAAUUGGUUUUGCUGUGGAUGGCAGAGGGCUUCCUUGAUUAUUCUCAUGAGGGAAAGUUGGUAGAGGAUGUAGGUGAUGAUUGCUUUGCUGAACUGCUGUCUAGGUCCUUAAUUCAACAAUCAAACGAUGGUGCUCGUGGAAAAUUGUUUUUCAUGCAUGAUCUUAUCAACGACUUAGCUACAGCCGUGUCUGGAAGAAUUUGUUGUCGGUCUGAAUGUGGUGACAUCUCUGAAAAGGUUCGUCAUUUAUCAUAUAUUCAAGACGAGUAUGAUAUUUUCACGAAGUUUAGGCCUUUCUACAAUUUUAAAUGCUUGCGAAGCUUCCUACCCAUUACUUUCUGGAGGUCAUAUAGUUACUUAUCUAUCAAGGUGGUUGAUGAUUUGCUACCAUUAUUCAAAAGGUUGCGCGUGUUGUCACUAUCAAAGUAUGUAAACAUCACCAACCUACCGGAUUCAAUCGGAAAUUUGGUGCAAUUGCGGUAUCUAGAUUUGUCCUUGACUAACAUCAAAAGUUUGCCUGAUACAAUAUGUAACCUUUAUAAUUUGCAGACAUUGAUUUUAUUAGAUUGCGAGUGUCUCACUGAAUUGCCACUCCACAUGGAAAACUUAAUUAGUUUACGUCACCUUGAUAUAAGUGGGACUGACAUAAAAGAGUUGCCUAUGGAAAUUGGUGGACUAGAAAACCUCCAAACUUUGACUGUUUUUUUAGUGGGUAAACGACAGGAAGGGUUAAGUAUCAAAGCGCUAAGGAAAUUCCCAAACCAACAAGGGAAACUUACCAUAAAAAACCUAUACAAUGUCGUUGAUGCAAAAGAGGCCGAAGAUGCCAACCUGAAAAGCAAAGAGAAAAUUGAGAAUUUAGAGUUGAUAUGGGGAAAACAAAGUGAAGAUUCAGUAAAAGUGAAAGUUGUGCUUGAUAUGUUGCAACCACCAAUAAACUUGAAGAGCCUUAAAAUUGACUUGUAUGGUGGGACAAGUUUUCCGAGUUGGUUGGGAAAUUCUUUGUUCUCUAACAUGGUGUCCCUUGACAUUCAUAACUGUGAAUACUGCAUGACACUUCCAGCGCUAGGCCAACUACCUUCUCUCAAGAAGCUGAGUAUAUCGAAUUUGUUUUCAUUGGAGACAAUUGGCUCAGAAUUCUAUUGUGUUGAAGAAGGAGAAUGUUCCAAUUCUACCUUCCAACCAUUUCCUUCCCUUGAGCAUUUGAAAUUUCACAACAUGCCAAAUUUGAAGGAUUGGAUUCCCUUUGAAAGUAUAAAUUUUGCAUUUCCCCAACUUAGAAUUAUGAAGUUACAUGAUUGUCCUGAACUAAGGGGAGAUUUGCCUAGCCACCUUUCUUGCUUGGAGGAAAUUGAAAUAAGAAGUUGUUAUAAGCUAUUGGAAACACUCCAUAGUUUGAAUUGGCUAUCGGCAAUCAAAAAACUAAGAAUUGAAGGAGACUUAAGGAGAGAAUCUCCCUUGCAACCUGCAGCUGCUGAAAGUUACCCAAUGUUUAUUUCUAAAAUGAUCAUGAGUAGUAUUUCUCUUACUCGUUUGCAUCUCUGGAAUAUUCCGUCUCUCACUGCAUUUCCCAUAAAUGGUCUACCCCAUUCACUGCAGUCACUUCAUAUUUAUAGGUGUAGGAAUUUGUCCUUCAUGCCUUUCGAAACAUUUCAAAAUUACACAUCACUUGUGGAUCUUUAUAUGCGGCAUAGCUGUGAUUCACUUACAUCAUUUCCACUUGAUGGUUUCCCUGUGCUCCAAGAAAUUAUCAUUUACGGUGGAAGGAGUAUGAAUUCCAUUUUUAUUUCAGAAAGUCCUUCACGUAUGCAGUCAAGCCUCCGAUCACUUCGUAUUACAUGCAGGGAGUCACUUAAAGUCAAUCUUAGGUUGGACACGCUCACCAAUCUUGAACAUCUGAGUCUUCACUGUCUUGGAAAGUUGUCAUUUCAUGAAGGAGUUUGUCUGCCCCCCAAAUUACAAUCAAUUAAGAUUUCUUUUCGAGGAACAAAGCCGCAUGUAAAGGAAUGGGGUCUCCAAGACCUAACCGCUCUUUCAGGCUUGAGCAUUCAAGAAAAGGGUGAAAUGGUUAACAACUUGACAAUGGAUCUGUUGCUCCCCAUCUCCCUUGUGUAUCUCACUGUCGGUGAUAAUCUUUCUUUUGAUCUAAAUGGGCUUCGACAUCUCUCCUCUCUCGAAAAUCUCAAAUUUCUUUUUUGUGGACAUCUCAAGUCUUUGCCAGAAAACUGUCUUCCUUCCUCACUGAAAUCACUUGAAUUUUAUUAUUGUGAACAACUAGAGUCAUUACCAGAAGACGGACUUCCUACCUCUCUUAAUGUACUGACCAUCACGGGAUGCCCUUUGUUAGAAGAAAGGUAUAAAAGGAAUGAAAAUUGGUCCAAAAUUUCUCACAUUCCUGUCAUAGUUAUAACUGAGGAAGUCACAAUAUGAAGACAAGUUGCCUUCCUGUUGUUUCAGGAGUGGCUGGCAGUUAAUGAAUUCUUCAUAAGCUGCAUGAGCCAGUGAGACAGAGUGCAGAGCAGUAAGCUUUGUAAUAUUUUCUUAUCAUUUGAAGGAUUCAUAAAAAGUGUUGUUUGAAACCUUGUGUUCCACUGCUUUGUUAGGAUGUGGCAACAUGAAGCAUAAAUUAAUGGAACAAUUAACAUUGA